AUGUACAAGGACUUAGAAAUUGUCAUUGUCUCACUGGUACAAAUUGGAGCAGAUAAUCACUACUUUCAGGAACCUCAUCCUUCUGGAAUAACACCUGAAAGCGGUCCACAAGCAGGUGGAACCACACUUACCAUCACUGGUACAAACCUGGCCACUGGUUCUAAGAAAGAUGUUCAAGUUUCAGUUGGUAGCCAGCCCUGCAAUGUCACUGAAUUUGGAGACGAGAUCGUUUGCAUUACAGGACCUAAUAGCAAGGUUGAAGCUGUUAAAGUCACAAUGAACUAUGGGGGCACGGCAAUUAGUGUACCAGGGCAGUUUUCAUACAGUGAGAAUCCUACUGUCACCAAGUUCCUGCCAGUAAAUAGCUUCAGCAGUGGAGGGAGAAAUAUUACAGUAACUGGAACCGGUUUUGAACUCAUCCAGAGUUUCUCAUUGGUGGUAUAUGCCGAGCGUCCAGAAGGAGGGAAAACAAAUCUCAAAAUGUUUGACGGAAAGCAUGUUAAAAGACUGAAUGAAACCACGGUGGUUUUUUCUUCCCCACCAAUACUAGAAGACCCAGAGAACUAUAAUGUCACCACUAUUAUUUUAAUGGAUCAUCACCGUUUGGUUGUAAAAAAUGAGAGCCACUCCUUUGCCUAUGUUGCAGACCCAACUUUUGAAAACUUCACAAAUGGCAUCAAACAACAAGUCAACAAACUUAUUAAUGCAAAGGGCAGUAACCUGAACAAAGCCAUGACGAUAGACGAGGCCCAGGCUUUUGUGGGUGACGAACCCUGCAACAUAAAAACACUAACUGAAACGGACUUAUAUUGUGAGCCACCAGAAGUACAGCCUCAGCCAAAGAAACGGCAGAAGAGAGAUACCAUCAAUAACCUUCCGGAAUUCAUUGUGAAAUUUGGACUCCGGGAAUGGAUCCUCGGAAGGGUGGAAUAUGAUACACGUGUGAAUGACAUCCCACUGAAUCUUAUUUUGCCACUGGUACUUAUUCCUAUGAUAGCAAUCAUCGUCAUUUCUAUCACCUGUUACAGACGCCAGAGCGAGCAAGCAGAACGGGAGUAUGAAAAAAUUAAAUCACAACUUGAAGGCCUGGAGGAGAGUGUCAGAGACCGGUGCAAGAAGGAAUUCACAGAUCUAAUGAUAGAAAUGGAGGAUCAGACAAAUGAUAUCAAUGAAGCUGGAAUUCCAGUACUGGACUACAAAACCUACACGGACAGAGUCUUUUUCUUGCCCUCCAAAGACGGAGAGAAAGAUGUGAUGAUUACAGGGAAGCUGGAUAUUCCUGAGGCCAGGCGGCAGACUGUGGAGCAGGCUUUGAACCAGUUCUCCAACCUCCUCAAUAGCAAAUCAUUUCUCAUUAAUUUUAUUCACACGCUGGAAAACCAAAGGGAGUUCUCUGCUCGAGCUAAAGUGUAUUUUGCAUCUUUACUGACAGUUGCUUUACAUGGAAAACUAGAAUACUAUACUGACAUCAUGAGGACGCUGUUCUUAGAACUGAUGGAGCAGUAUGUUGUGGCCAAAAACCCAAAGCUGAUGUUAAGGAGAUCUGAAACGGUUGUUGAGAGAAUGUUGUCUAACUGGAUGUCUAUUUGUUUAUAUCAGUACCUCAAGGACAAUGCUGGAGAGCCUCUUUAUAAAUUGUUCAAGGCCAUCAAACACCAGGUAGAAAAAGGCCCAGUGGAUGCUGUGCUAAAGAAAGCCAAGUAUACUUUGAAUGACACAGGCUUACUGGGAGAUGAUGUAGAGUAUACGCAGUUGACAGUAAAUGUAUAUGUACAAGAUGGAGGAACCGAUUCCACACCUGUGAAAGUGCUGAACUGUGAUACUAUAUCACAAGUAAAGGAAAAGAUAAUAGACCAAGUCUAUCGAAAUCUGCCAUGUUCUCAGUGGCCAAAAGCUGAGAGUGUAGUUCUUGAGUGGCGUCCAGGUUCUACUGCACAGAUCCUCUCAGACUUGGAUUUAACAUCCCAAAGAGAUGGCAGAUGGAAACGCAUCAACACACUAAUGCAUUAUAAUGUCCGAGAUGGUGCCACGCUCAUCUUAUCAAAAAUGGGCAUUUCCCAGCAGCCAGAGGAUAAUCAGCAAGAUGUCCCAGGGGAAAGACAUGCACUCCUGGAAGAUGAAAAUAAGGUCUGGCAUUUAGUCCGGCCAGUAGAUGAAAUAGAUGAAGGUAAAUCGAAGCGGGGCAGUGUGAAAGAAAAAGAGAGGACCAAAGCUAUUACAGAAAUCUACCUGACCAGACUUCUCUCUGUGAAGGGGACACUUCAGCAGUUUGUAGAUAACUUCUUUCAUAGCGUGCUCAACUCGAACCACGUGGUGCCACCAGCAGUGAAAUACUUCUUUGACUUUCUUGAUGAGCAAGCAGAAAAACAUGACAUCAAGGAUGAAGAUACCAUUCACAUCUGGAAAACAAACAGCCUGCCUCUUAGAUUCUGGGUAAACAUUCUGAAAAAUCCCCAUUUCAUCUUCGAUGUUCAUGUUCACGAAGUAGUGGAUGCUUCCUUGUCAGUCAUUGCACAGACUUUCAUGGAUGCUUGCACAAGAACAGAGCACAAAUUAAGCAGAGAUUCUCCGAGUAAUAAAUUACUUUACGCAAAAGAAAUCUCUAACUAUAAGAAAAUGGUGGAAGAUUACUACAAAGGUAUUCGUCAGAUGGUGCCAGUUAGUGACCAAGACAUGAAUACCCAUCUAGCAGAGAUUUCGAGGGCACAUACCGAUUCCUUAAAUACGCUUGUGGCUCUACACCAACUCUACCAGUAUACCAACAAAUACUAUGAUGAGAUUAUAAAUGCACUUGAAGAGGAUCCAGCUGCGCAAAAAAUGCAGCUUGCCUUCCGUUUACAGCAAAUAGCAGCUGCGUUAGAGAAUAAAGUGACUGACCUUUGACUCAAAAGCCGCAAUAAAGAAAUCUGAUCUGAAGAUGUUCAAAUUCAUUCUUCCUGUUAAGGAAAUAGUGUUCUAUUUUUUAAUGUAUAAUUACAACUUUAAAUGAAAGAGUUCAUGUUUUUUUGAUAGAGGUGUAAUGUAAAGAAUUUUUACUGUAAAUUAUGCUUCUAAUUAAAAGCUGUGUUGU